AAGCAAGCGAGGUGGUGUGGUCACAGAGCACAGCUGCUAAAUGCCCCAUUCUAGCUAUCUGUAAGGCGUUAGAUAUUAAGUAUCAACACACAAAAGUUGUGGUCCAUAUUUAGGGCAGGGUAAGCGCUUCUAAAUAGUGAUAUUCAGGGUGUCAAGAGGGAUUUAGCAGUCAACAGGAACCAAUAUAAAACUUGAUCUGCUGAAGGUCACAAUGAGGGAAAAGCUGUCAUUAUGGGCUAUUUUUUGCCUAGUAGUAGCGUUCCUGCCUUCUCAGACAGAAUCAGUCGCUGUGAUGUCUGUGGACUUGGGCAGUGAAUGGAUGAAAGUCGCUAUAGUGAAACCUGGUGUGCCAAUGGAAAUUGUAUUAAACAAAGAGUCCCGGCGGAAAACUCCAGUCGCUGUGUGCUUAAAAGAAAAUGAGAGGCUUUUUGGAGACGGCGCUUUAGGAGUGGCUGUGAAGAAUCCUAAAGUGGUUUACAGAUUCCUCCAGAGCAUUUUGGGAAAGACGGCAGACAACCCACAGGUGGCAGAAUAUCAGAAACACUUCCCUGAGCACCAGCUGCAGAAAGAUGAGAAAAGGGGCACCGUGUAUUUCAAGUUCUCUGAAGAGAUGCAGUAUACUCCAGAGGAACUUUUGGGCAUGAUUUUGAACUACUCUCGCACUCUGGCUCAAGACUUUGCAGAACAGCCCAUAAAAGAUGCAGUGAUUACAGUCCCAGCCUAUUUUAAUCAGGCAGAACGCAGGGCAGUUUUGCAGGCUGCUCAUAUUGCAGGUCUAAAGGUCCUUCAGCUAAUCAAUGAUAACACUGCUGUGGCUUUGAACUAUGGAGUCUUCAGGAGAAAGGACAUCAACUCGACUGCACAGAACAUCAUGUUUUAUGAUAUGGGAUCAGGAAGCACAACAGCCACCAUUGUCACAUAUCAGACAGUGAAGACGAAGGAAUCCGGUACACAGCCACAGCUUCAGAUCCGUGGAGUUGGGUUUGACCGAACACUCGGUGGCUUUGAGAUGGAGCUGAGGCUCAGAGAUCAUCUCGCUAAGCUCUUUAAUGAACAGAAGAAAUCAAAGAAGGAUGUGAGGGACAAUCUGCGUGCCAUGGCCAAACUCCUUAAAGAGGCUCAGAGACUCAAAACUGUGCUGAGUGCCAAUGCUGAACAUACGGCACAGAUUGAAGGUCUGAUGGAUGACAUUGACUUCAAGGCAAAAGUGACUCGCUCUGAGUUUGAGGCUCUUUGUGAGGAUCUGUUUGACAGAGUCCCUGGACCUGUGAAACAAGCAUUAGCUGCGGCUGAGAUGAGCAUGGAUGAAAUUGAACAGGUUAUUUUGGUUGGAGGAGCAACUAGAGUGCCCAAAGUGCAGGAUGUGCUGCUCAAAUCUGUGGGAAAAGAGGAACUGAGCAAGAACAUUAAUGCAGAUGAAGCUGCGGCAAUGGGUGCUGUUUAUCAGGCCGCUGCACUCAGCAAAGCCUUCAAAGUCAAACCCUUCUUGGUCAGAGAUGCAGCAGUGUUUCCCAUACAGGUGGAGUUCAGUCGUGAGACUGAGGAAGAGGAUGGCGUGAAGUCUCUGAAGCACAACAAGCGCAUUUUGUUUCAGAGAAUGGCUCCAUAUCCCCAGAGGAAGGUCAUCACGUUCAACCGCUACAUUGAUGACUUUGUCUUUUACAUCAACUAUGGAGACCUCAGCUUCCUCAGUGAACAGGACAUGAAAGUGUUUGGCUCUCAGAAUCUGACAACAGUGAAGCUGUCUGGAGUCGGCAGCAGCUUUAAGAAGCAUUCAGAUGCUGAAUCCAAAGGCAUCAAGGCACAUUUCAACAUGGAUGAGAGCGGGGUGUUAAUUCUGGACCGGGUGGAGUCUGUGUUUGAAACCAUUGUGGAGGAGAAGGAAGAGGAGUCCACGCUCACAAAGCUUGGAAACACCAUUUCCAGUCUGUUUGGUGGAGGCAGCUCAGAGCCGAGUGCAAAUGUGACCGAACCAGUUACGGAUGAAGAAGAAGUGACUCCAGAGGCUGGAAAAGAGCAGGAUCAGCCAGAGAAGCAGGAAGAAACUGUCCAGGAGAAGCCAGAGACGGAGGAGGGAAAAGAAGCAGAGCCUCAGGCCGAGGAGCAGAAAGAAGACAAAGAAAAAGCUGAAAAUCAGGGAGAAACUGAAUCAGAGAAAACAGAAAAACCUGAAGAAAAAACAACCGAUGAGGAGAAGGAGGCUGACAUGAAACCCAAACUGCAGAAAAAGAGCAAAAUAUCAGCAGACAUUGCAGUGGAGCUGGAAGUGAACGAUGUGCUGGAUCCCAGCACUGAGGACAUGGAGGGUUCCAAGAAGAAGUUGCAGGACCUCACUGACCGUGAUUUGGAGAAGCAGGAGAGAGAAAAGACCCUGAACAGCCUGGAGGCUUUUAUCUUUGAGACGCAGGAUAAGCUGUAUCAGGAUGAGUAUCAGGCUGUGGUGACAGAGGAGGAGAAGGAGCAGAUUUCAGGCAGGCUGAGCGAGGCGUCCAGCUGGAUGGAUGAGGAGGGAUACAGCGCAGGCACCAAACUGCUGAAGGAGAAGCUGUCUGAACUGAAGAAGCUUUGUAAAGGCAUGUUCUUCAGGGUGGAGGAGAGGAAGAAGUGGCCCGACAGACUGGCAGCUCUGGACAGCAUGCUCAACCACUCCAACAUCUUCCUCAAGAGUGCCAGACUGAUUCCUGAGAGUGACCAGAUCUUCACAGAGGUUGAACUGAAGACAUUAGAGAAAGUCAUCAAUGAGACGAUCACAUGGAAAAACGAGACUGUUGCUGAACAGGAGAAAUUAUCCCCGACAGUAAAACCAGUUCUGCUGUCGAAGGACAUCGAAGCAAAGCUUUCUCUCUUAGACAGAGAGGUCAAUUACCUGCUGAACAAAGCCAAGUUUGCCAAACCAAAACCUAAAGACAAAGCGAAAGACAAGAACAGCACCAGCGAGAGCAGCAAAGCUAACAGCACAGACGAUGCAGAGAAGGUCAUUCCUCCUAAAACUGAGGACGGCGCGGAAAAGGUGAAGCCGGCAGAGGAACCUCCGGUCGUUGAAGAAAAAGCGGAAGAAACCAUACUUGAACUAAAUCCAGCUGAAAAUACGGAUGAUAAAACAGAAUCGACAGAGAGCAGUAAAUCAGAAAACCACAUAGAGGAUGAAUUAUAACAUCUGGAAUUCUUAAAGGCUUUUUGUUAUAUUUAUUGACUCCGUUAAAUGGUUCAAAAAUCCUUUAAUUCUUUUCUUUUCCCCCCUUACUGUCUCAACACAUUGGAAGCGCUUGAAAAUGAAGGUGUAUAUUUCUGUAGUUUCCUGAGCCAAAAGAAAAAAAACCUCAAGUCCAUCUUUACUCUUUCCAUUCACAUUCAUUUUGGCUUCUUAAUCCAUGAAUUUAUGAUCUUCUCCCUCUCAAAAAGUAAAACACACAGUCCCUGUUUGUUGGAGGAAAUCAGAAUGGCAUGCUUGACCAAAGCAAACACGCUGUCCUUUUUUAUUAUUAUUAUUAAUGUGAAUGGGAGACUUUCUGCUUGUUUUUGUGUCCAGAAAUGUAUAUUGAGGAAAUGUGACAUUCUGCUGCUGAAUUGUUUCAUUAGCUUAACUCUCACGCCUUGUCAAUAUAUAUUGGCUAGUUUUUUCAGUUCCCCGAUAAAAAUCCAUCCGUACCUGUGAGCAUCCUCAAUGCCAAACGUCUCCUGUGUGUAUGGACUUCAGUAUAGUGUUGCACUGAUAUCAAAGGAGAAUCGUUAUUUUGUUUUCCUCUUGUUGCGUUCACAUCUUCAGCAUUUUUGUCAUUUACACAAGUCUGUGCAAAAAAGGGAGAAGAUUGUUUCUAAAAAAUGUUAAUAAAGUCUGUUUUAUAAAA